CUUAUUGACAGCUUGUACCUCGCCAAGUAUCGGUUUGAUAAAAAGAAUAAUUGCAUAAUUCUGUUUGUCAUUAAACACUGAGUAUAAGAGCUCUGCUGUGUAACAUCGUUCUUCUAAUCUUGCUAAUUGGAAAUGUGUUUUAAGAUCAGUCCAUUGUUUCAGAAUUCUCACCACAGCACGCUCGAUAGAUUAGAUAACCAUCUAGUCUGGCUCAACUGCACUAAUUUCAGAGGUGGUAAAUCAUCAUUGAUGGUUUCAAACAAUAGUUUGUAUUUUUCCUGGCGUACAGAUGACUGGGAAAACCAGUUACAUGUCUCUUUAAUCAUGAACUCUAAGUUCCGUGGCAACGUUUCACGUGCAGCAUGUGAAACAGCUAAUUGAAUUGAGUGACAUAAGCAUCUAAUUAGCUGCAGGUGGAGUAUUUCGGCUUUCAGUCUCUCAAAUACUCCAUUAUUAAUACCUGUCAUUACCGAUGCGUGACCUGUUCCAAGUGCCAGCAGAUUCUGCAUUUCUAAGCCGUUGUUAUGGAGUGACAUUUUGAUUGCUUCACAUAUUGACUCUGCAUUACAUUCUUUUAGUUCAACUAAAUCGAAAAAUGUAACAACAAUACCCUUCAGCGAACUAGAGUAAUACCUAAUGACAAAUCCCAGCAUCUUUGAGGUAGUAACGUCAUUACUUUCAUCAAUUAUCAGACUAAAUUUUCUCUUUCCAAUAUCAGCUUGCAAGUCUUCCAUAAAGUGCGGUGCAAGAACAUUGCAAAUUAUUAUACCCGUGCACUUCGAUCUUUUUAAUUUCAAUUCACUAACAUCCUUACUGUCACUGAAGCAUAUUUUGCACACCUCAGUUAAGUGAUCCACCACACGAAUAGAGCAAUGUUCAACUACAAACAUGGAUAGAGUUCCUUCAACUUUCUUUAAUUCACCAACUUUUUUAAAUGGUAGGACAGCUUGCCUCUGUGUACUGAAUGGUUCCUCAGCUUUUGUGUUUGUUGGUGUUCCUGUUUCUCUAAGUCACAAAUUUUAGCCGAAACAGUACACUUACAAUGUUUGCAAAAAACCUUUUUACUAUCUAUCACCUGGGGCCUCAAGCAGCCAGUUUUUAAACCUAUCAUCCUUAUACAGAAUAAAUAAAUUUUUAAUGUACUUGCCUACAGCGGCAGGAAGGAUUCGUAAAUAUGGAAUUUUAGUAUUACCAAAAUAAGUAAAAUAAAUACUUGGUACCGCUUACAGUCCUUCCUGCUGCCAUAGUUAUGAUCAGCAAAUUGUUGACUCCUCCUCUUUUUGUUGUUUACGAGGAAACGUCGAGAUCGGUGAGUGAGUGAGAAGUCAGUACUAGCAGUCCUACCAGUCUCAGCAGUCGAGGCAGUACUGCCAGUCCGGUCAGUCCGGACAGUCCUGUCAGAGCAUUAGGGCAGUGGGCUAUCCUGUAGGACCCACCACAUACCCGUAUCCGUAUGCCAUUGAGCCCGUCUUCCAUCGUCAGUGUGAGCCUGUCCUCCUGGAGGAUGUCUUGGACGAGGCUCUGAUAACGUUAUUAAGAAUCAAGGGUCCCUCAAGAGGCAUUUGUGAAGUAUUCCCUUGGUUCCAUAAUUUGGACGGCGUAAUUGGUGGCCAUCUGGAUGUGCUCUGCCUCCUACGACUGAUUUGUUCACCGUCGUCUCGACUUUGACUCACCUUAGUGGAUGAUUUGUGGAGAAAAGUCACGUUCUCCUAAGCAUUGACUUCAAUCCCUUCUUGCUCGGAUGGACUACGUGGUUUCGCAACUCUACUGAAGGUUGUUCAUGGGUUUAUUGUACAUAGUGGUAAGCUACCAUUUGUUAUUUUUGGAUAAGUCAACAUAAAAUUGUAAGAAUCUCCUUUAAUGCAAACUUACACGGAUAUUAUAUUAUUUCAGGAUAGGAUUAUCCAGCCUUGAUAUGGUUGUCAUACUUGGUUUUUCUUGUCUUGACCUACUUACAGUAAGGUAACAGUUUGCAUAUUCCUAUGUAUAAGUGCUUCUUGCCAUAUUAGUCUUACCUAUAUAAUUAAAGUUAAUUCUUAUGCUUCACCACUAACGUGCAAUUUCUGUAUUUCCCAUCCAGGUAUGGAGGAGAAGCUGGUUAUUGAAGAGGAAGAGCCCUGUGUCAUGCACUUGACAUAUUUGCAAUAAAUAAUAAAUUUAAACAUUUCAAAGGUGUAUGAAUUGACUUCCCUUCAGUAUUUUAAGUACCUUAUAGGUGACUUCACAGUUUUUCAGCUCAUGGCGCCCAACGUGGGGCAACGACGAAGGAAGUUGGAUUUUCGCUAUGCAGAAUCCCAUUAGUUGGUGAAGGUAGUCGGGAUCCAUUGUGUGAACUGGAAUUUAUUUCCUUUCAGAUUUAUCACUUUGAUAUUAAUUUUUUCCUUUUUAGGAUCAUUACAUUAAUAUUUUUUUCCUUUCUAUGAUUAUUUCUUGUAUAAUUUAACAAUGUCUGCUUUAUCUGUGCUUAUUGGACAAAGGAAAGUCAUCCGCAAAAAGGUGACUGAAUAUUUUAACAGGUCCUCCACAUUCAAUACUCUUAGCCAGGAAGAAAAAUUAUCUAUCAAGGUAUUCUGGUAAAUUAUAAGAAUAAGUUAACUGACUUGGACACUGAGAUUUUGGAUAAGAAAUUUCCAGGGGAUUCUGAUAGUACAGAUUUAGAGAUGGAAUUAUCAUUAUGUCAGGAUUAUAUAGAUAAGAUUGAAACCUGUUUACCUCUCAUAGAUAUUUCCUCGAGUAUCCUUAGCUCUAGUAAUGUUACCGAUGUAGCCAGAAGUUUACUUAAACAGCCUGUAGCACCUCUUCCCAAGUUUCGUAGUGUAGAAGGUGAAGAUUUUUUGAAGUUCAUCACAGAAUUUGAGGGAACUACUAAAGCCUUUAACUAUCCCGAUAGGGAUUUGCUUUUGUUACUUAAACAACAAGUUGAGGGUAGAGGAAAGGUUUUGUUAGGUUCCUUAGAAGCGGAUAAGCAGCAUUACGCUGAUGCCAAAGAAUUGCUCAUUUCAGCAUUUGCAUCAACCGAUAUUCGGAAGAAUUCAGCCAUUAAGAAAAUUACUGCUUUACAUUUGAAAGAUGGUGAAGACCCCUUUCUCUUUAUUUCCAAACUCAGAUCGGUAUGUGAAUCAGUGGAGACGUUGAAUAUUAGCGUUGAUGAGUUCAUUAGGUAUUUUGCUUGGGAUGGGCUGAAUGAUAGUUUCCAGCGCCAUUUAAUUCAGAUUACAGGCAAGACUCACCCUGCCCUGGAUGAAAUAAAGACUAACUUUUUUACAGCAUGUGAGAGAUAUGAGAACGACAAAAAGGUCGCUAAAGGUACAAAGAGUAAAAUCUCGCAGAAUGUACAGGAGUAUAAGGACUUUUCUCGAAAAGAAAAAGCGGUAAAUUUAGCUGUAGAGGCAGUAACGAGUGAUUCAGAUUCCAGGUCUUCACCCAGCUGUUCUUUGUGUCUUAAAGUUGGUAACGCUAAUAAUUCUCAUUUUAUUUAUGAAUGUUCAAAGUUCCCUUCCCCUACCAAUAAGGUGCAAAUUUUAAAAUCUAAACACGGUUGUGUUAAGUGUGGUCAGUUUAGUCAUGAAUCUAGCAACUGUCAUUUCAGAUUUAGAAGACGUUGUUUUAAUUGCCGUGGUUGGCAUAUGAGUUAUCUUUGCGAGUCUGAGCCCUCCAAAGGCAGCAGAUCUAAACAAUCUGAUAAAGUAAAAUUUGAAACUCCACAAAAAGUAAACAGCGGUGUUGCAGUUUUGUUGCACUCGUAUGGAAACUCGGUGUUACCCACGUUUUCUUUCAGUAUUGGCAGCGACAUUUACAGAGGUCUAAGGGACAGUGGCUCACAAAGCACCUUCAUCACUCGUAGGUUAGCUGAAGAGAAAAACCUUAAAACUAUCAAUUCGAAUGUUAGACUUACGGUGAGUGGAUUUAAUGGGAAUAAAGAAUAUUAUACUAAAAUUGUAGAAGUGCCUGUGAAAAUAGGUAGUUUGUCUUUUAUAAUUUUUGGCUUAGUUGUACCUGAUAUUAGUAUUGCUUUAAAAUUGCCUUUGCUUGGUUAAGUAAUUGAAAGUUUUCAAAACCAGGGUAUGAGGUUUGCUGAUAAGUUGUUAAAUAAACACACUCGCACUAUUGAUAAUGUUAACCUCUUGUUAGGUACAGACUUUUUACAUUGUUUAGCAGGUACCGACGUAAUUUUUGGUGACGUUGAUCCUUCGGUAUACAUAGAUUCUCAUGCUGGCAUUUUAUUGCAGGGUAAUGUCGAUUUGAUGUUGAACAACGUAACCUGCCUAAAUGUAAACCCAGGAGUUUUGAAUUCUGUACCUGACGGUAAUGUUCGUUCGGUUUCUACGGUGCAUGUUUGUAGUAGCUCGUUGUUAUUAAACACGAGAAUAGAUUUCCUGUCUGAUGGUGACCAGGACAACGGUUUUGAAGUAAACUGUUCCUUUUCAGUUAUCAAUGAUAAAGGUAAACUAAUGGAAAGGCAAUUGCAGCAGGCCACUGAACAAAUUUUGGAGUCUGA